ACACUCAACAUGGCGGCCACCCAGUUCCUCCUCCGGGACUCGCACGUAAACCGAUGCGUCAGUCGCGCGUCAAGUUGUGUUGACAGCGAGCAGCAGGAGUUGUCAGCGCAGCGGCAGAGGCAGCGGUUAGCAUCGCCGGAGCCGAAUGGAGUAACCGCCGACGCAGUAUUCCACCCAGCGUCUCAGUUCGGAAGCUUUGUUGACGGCUUUACAAACAAACAGCGACGCCAUGGCAGACGACCAGUCCUCCCAGCCCUGGUCCAUCGACAGGGACGACUACGAGCUCAACGAAGUUAUCGGCAGCGGAGCCACUGCGGUCGUCCAGGCGGCUUACUGCAAGCCCAGGAAGGAGAAGGUGGCCAUCAAACGCAUCAACCUGGAAAAGUGUCAGACUAGCAUGGAUGAGCUCCUGAAAGAGAUCCAGGCUAUGAGCCAGUGCCACCAUCCCAACAUUGUGUCUUACUAUACCUCCUUCGUGGUGAAGGACGAACUGUGGCUGGUGAUGAAGCUCCUCAGCGGUGGCUCCGUGUUGGACAUCAUCAAACACGUCAUCUCUUGUGGCGAGCACAAGAACGGGGUGUUGGAUGAGGCCAGUAUUGCCAGCAUCCUGAAAGAAGUGUUGGAGGGGCUGGAGUACCUCCACAAAAACGGGCAGAUUCAUCGAGAUGUUAAGGCAGGAAAUAUUCUUCUUGGGGACGAUGGCUCAGUGCAAAUUGCUGACUUUGGCGUGAGUGCCUUUCUAGCAACAGGAGGAGACAUGACUAGGAACAAGGUUCGGAAGACAUUUGUGGGGACACCGUGCUGGAUGGCCCCAGAGGUCAUGGAGCAGGCCCAAGGCUACGACUUCAAAGCCGACAUCUGGAGUUUUGGCAUAACAGCCAUUGAACUAGCCACGGGGGCAGCACCGUAUCACAAAUACCCACCAAUGAAGGUGUUGAUGUUGACCCUGCAGAAUGACCCUCCCUGUCUGGAGACCGGCAUCACAGAUAAGGAGAUGGUGAAGAAGUACGGCAAGUCUUUUAGGAAGAUGAUCUCCCUGUGCUUACAUAGAGAUCCGGAAAAGAGGCCAACUGCUGCCGAGUUGCUGAAGCACAAAUUCUUCACGAAAGCCAAGAACAACGAGUACUUGCAGGACAGGCUUCUACAUAAAGGGCCGACAAUAACAGAGCGAUCAAAAAAGGUGCGUCGUGUGCCCGGCUCAAGUGGCCGCCUUCACAAGACGGAGGACGGGGGCUGGGAGUGGAGUGACGACGAGCUGGACGAGGAGAGCGAGGAGGGCAAAGCUGCUGUGGCGGCUCUGCGGUCGCCCAGAGUGAAGGAUGGCUCCCAGAAUAUGGAGCUCUUCCCGCCAGUAGAGGGCUCCACAGGACAUCUGCAGCCACCCGGUGUGGCACACGAGAGCCCCGCGAUCUUGGGCCAGACGGGACAGGACCUCCCACCACAGGCCCCCACGCAAAUGGCCAGCCCUUCUCAUGCACCCGCCGCUCAGGACCCAGCUGCAGCCAACACCACGGUUCCCAUCAGCCUCGUCCUGAGACUGAGGAAUCCCAAGAAGGAACUCAAUGACAUCCGCUUUGAGUUCAUGACCGGCAGAGACUCUGCCGACGGGGUUUCUCAGGAGUUGGUUUCAGCCGGGCUGGUGGAUGGGAGGGACUUGGUCAUCGUUGCUGCCAACUUGCAAAAGGUUGUUGACGAUCCUCAAAGCAACAAAAAUUUGACCUUUAAGCUGGCAUCUGGUGUGGAGGAGUCUGAAAUUCCAGAUGACGUAAAACUCAUUGGAUUCGCUCAACUCAGCAUCAGUUAAGACAAGCAGAGCCAGCAGCAAGGGACAGAAACAAAUGGUAUUGCUCAGCUGCAUUGUAGUCAAUUCCAAGAAACCACUACUGCCAAAGACGACGAGGAGGAGGAGGAGGAGAAGGAGGAAGAAGAAGAAGAUGAGACAUGAAGCUGGCAGGAGUGUGACACUACUGCAGGAUGCAUGAGGACCACGUUGAGAAGAGGCUCAGUUCAUCACAGGAAUCACACCUAAAACGUUUACAGUGCGCUUAUACAGUAAAUGGGAGAACGGAUGCAAUCAACUAUAUGAACUCCUUUCUUUUUUCUUUGUUUUCUUCCUCUUCAUACAUAAGCACAAUCCAAGUACUGGAAGUGAUUGCCUUUUUUUUUGUUUUUGUUUUUUGUUUUCCUUAAAUCAACUGUGCCACAAAUUUUUUCGAGAAGAGUGUUCCGUCACCUUUACAUGGCACUUUAUGCUACACUGAAAUUGAAAAGAGUAAAGUCAGCCUUAGUUUGUCAAACUAUGGGUUUUACCAGUGUGAUUGGUGGAAAUUUAAGUCUGUGUGUGAUUAUGUGGUGUAUUCUGUACAUCUAUCCAGUAAAUCAAAAAAAAAAACAAUUAUACGAAUCCCAUAUAUUAUUUGAAAAUUACCAGAUUACUGUAUAAGACCAAGGACUCGACAGUAUCAGUGUGCGGUGGUUUAGUUAAAAACGUCAAGGUGCAUUGACUGCACUGCUGAAGUCGAUAACAUAGACACAGAUCGGCUGUAACUGCUCUCAUGUCCGUAGUUACCUGACGUAUUAAUGGCAUAAUGAUUUUCACAGUGAGACCUUCCUCAUAUUCUUGUUCUAUGCAAUUGUUAUUUUCACCGUAUGUGACCACAAGUUGCUAAUAAUAUUUCUCUUGGGAUGAAUAAAACCACUUAUUGUGCUUGUACCUCA